GAGGAGGAAAGAGAUAAAAACGCGAGGAUGGCGUUGAACGUCAUACAAUCAUCUGUGCGUCUAUCUUCAGCCACUUGUUUGACCAUUAAAGCCUUCGUCACACCCCAUCGAUCCGCUUUCCCUCCGCAGAAUCUCAACCUCCUUCGUCUCUCCGCCUCUCCGUCAUCGCUCCGUCGAGGUUUCCACGGUGGUCGUAUCACAGCAAUGGCUUCUUCUGCUCCCGGAUCCGUUAACAAACCAGAGGAGGAGUGGCGUGCGAUUCUCUCUCCUGAGCAAUUCAGGAUCUUGAGGCAGAAAGGCACUGAAUAUCCAGGGACAGGGGAAUACAACAAACUAUUCCAAGACGGGAUCUAUAGCUGUGCAGGAUGUGGUACUCCUCUAUACAAGUCCGCAACCAAAUUCGACUCUGGCUGUGGCUGGCCUGCUUUCUUUGACGGCCUUCCCGCCGCCAUUAACCGAACCGCGGAUCCAGAUGGGAGGAGAAUAGAGAUCACAUGUGCAGCAUGUGGAGGACAUCUGGGUCAUGUUUUCAAAGGAGAAGGCUUCCCUACUCCUACCGAUGAGCGACACUGUGUCAACAGUGUCUCCCUCAAGUUCGCUCCCGGAAACGCAACCUUGUAAUAAUGUGGUUGAAUCAAAGUCUUGAGACUCUUUGUAUUUGUCAAUAAUCAUAAGUAAGUUUUUAUCCACGCUGGUGAAUAAUGUUGUUAGAAAUUACUCUGAAGUACACUAUUGAUCUCGAUCAGAAGUCUGGCCUGUGUAAUUUUGGUGUGCCAGCACCAUGUAUAUCUUAUGAGAUUUUGUGAAGUCAUCAUAUCUCAUGAAUCAAGAAGCACUGGUCAAUUC